AUGUUCAGUUACAUUAUCCAGUCUUUUGAAUGCGCUUCUAAAAUUUUCGAGUCAUUGCUCUGGAAGGUCACAAGCUUUUCAAAAUUAUCUAUCAAGUCAAUCGCUGCUUCUUCAACGUCCCCGAUUUGCAGUCCCAUCGAAAUUGUUAGCUUGCUGAUUUAUCUUCCGGCGAUACAAUCAGCAAAUAUUGAAGAAGCGGCCGUGGAAUUAAUAACUUGCUUUGAAAAAUUGAUAGCAAACAACAAUCUCUGGAAAGAAAAUUCUCUCAGUACUCUGAAAAAUAUCAAGGAAUUGUUUUUUAAUAAACUCAAAUCCUAUGAUAGGUACAGAGACUCUUUGUUCGAUGAAAAUCGGCUGCCUCAAAAGUUUAGCGACGGCAAAAUGACCGAGCAAGAGUCUGCUGACCAUGACAAGUUUUGCGACGUGCUUCAUGGAAUUGAUAAGAUGUUCAAUGGAGAUGUGGAAAGAUACUUGGAUAAUUAUGAAGCGUAUGCUGAAGAUAUUGACUCUUUUAUAGAAGAGGUGGGUGGCUAUUCUUUCGAGCAGGAUUUAAAGUUCUUGGUUGCUGCUGUCUCGCAGAAUCCUGGAAGUGGAAGCUUUGAUGAGUUUAAUGUCACUAGUUUAUUUCUUCAAUCGGAGGUGGAUAUUGAUGAUAAUUGUAAUAAACCUUCGGUGUAUGAAAGGUUGUUUAAAUUUUAUGAAAAAAUUCUAAUGGGAGUGUACCAAGGAUACACUGCGAUGUUUUUAGCUCAUGAAUAUCAAAAAAUUAAAGGCUCAGGUGAUGAAACAGGUCAUUAUCACCUGAACGUAACGGAUGAAACUUAUAAGAGGAUGUACAAGAACUGCGACGCGUUGGAGUGGUCGGAAGAAAGAAAUUACAUCCGCGUGAAGAACUACGUGGCGUACUAUGAGCAGAGGACCAAGUGGUACUUUGACCCGAACGCGAAUUACCUGGACACUAAAGAGUCGGAGUAUGAGUGCGACGGAAUAAGGGCGAACUUCAAUCCUUUGGAUCUGCCCCAGGGGAUAGAGUACAGCAUGUACUGUCCGAUUGUUUUCCUGGAGAAUUUUGACAGUGAAGAUACAAGUUGCCGGAAGUAUGGGUGGAAAAAUGUCAGAGGAUACAAGAAGGAAAAUUGGACUUCUGCGUGCAUUCUGGGUGACCACAGCGAGCUGUUGAAGUUGUGUGCUUGUGAUAAACAAGUUGACAAUGACAUCAGCGUUCGUCUGCUGAGUUUGAGAGAGUAUUACACCAACAGCUCGGACAAUCGAGUCGUCACGGGGAUCAGGUUUGCCGUUGAAAAGAAUGUGAUAACGUUGCAAAUCCAAGAAGGACAUCUGGUCAAUGGAGAGAUUGAUCCAAGCUCCGUUAAAUGGAGAACUGACGGUGGUCAUCCUGCAGAUGGACCGACUCAGACUGUUCAGCUUAGUUACAAGAUUCGCGGGUUCAGUUUAGACGACAUUAAUAUGCCCGAUGGACAAUUCGUCACAGGAGUUAAGUUUGUCGUGACGAAAGAUGAUCGAAUAUCAAUAGCAGUUCGAGGAUCGGUGAUGUACAACAGUGAAGGUAGCUUCUAUUCAUCGUCUGUUGGAGACCGUUGGUUUUAUCCUUCCAAGAUAAAUUCCACUGAUAGAAUGAAUAUCGACAUAAGUUCAAGAAAGAAUCCUCGAGAUUCCGAGCUGACCUACGAAUUGAGCAAGACAGGCCAGCACUAUGUAAAUUUAACGAUAUCUAUGUUCUCUGAGAAAAGUCACAACGCAGCAAUAGUUCCUUUCUUGGACUCUCGUCCUCUAGAAACUCAACCACCAGCUCCAAUCAGUGGCCUAGGAUUAUUCUACAAAGGCAAACCCGGUUACGCAGGAUUUCUGACAUUGAAAUACUUUUCUUCUCAGUACAAACGUUUUUCUCGAUCUUCAAUAAUUUCUGUUAUUUCAAACAUGAAAAAUUAUACCAAUGGAUAUUUAGUUAAUUAA